AUGUGCUGUUUUCUUUACAUAACCAGGUCUAGUGCUUCUGAAGAAAGAAAUAGCAUGGCAGCUACAGAAGCCCAAAAAGUGAUUGUUUACGGAGGAAAGGGGGCUCUGGGAUCUGCAUGUGUGCAGUACUUCAGAGCUAAAAACUGGUGGGUUGCCUCUAUAGAUCUCAAUGCCAAUGAGGAAGCCAGUGCAAAUGUUACUGUUAAGAUGACUGAAUCCUUCACUGAGCAAGCCAGCCAGGUAACAUCUGAUGUCGGUGAGCUGUUAGGUGGAGAUAAGGUUGAUGCCAUCUUGUGUGUGGCUGGAGGCUGGGCCGGCGGCAGUGCCAAGGCUAAAACUCUGUAUAAGAAUGCUGAUUUGAUGUGGAAGCAGAGUGUGUGGACCUCCACGAUUUGCAGUCACCUAGCAACCAAACACCUGAGAGAGGGGGGGCUGCUCACACUUGCAGGGGCUAAAGCAGCACUGGGGCCAACAGCAGGAUGCAUUGGUUAUGGUAUGGCAAAGGCAGCAGUACAUCAGUUGUGUCAGAGUCUGAGUGGGCCAAACAGUGGUCUUCCUCCAGGAUCUGCUGCAGUUGCAAUACUUCCAGUGACUUUAGAUACACCCAUGAAUAGAAAGUUCAUGCCAGAUGGUGAUGUCAGUUCCUGGACACCACUCGAGUACGUAACAGAGCUGUUCUAUAAGUGGACAACAGGAGAGAAUAGACCUCCUUCAGGUACUCUGAUGCAGCUGGUUACUGCAGACGGAAAAACAGAGGCUACACCGGUGUUAUGAUUAAUUUGAUGAUAAUCAAACUCCUUUAAGCCAAGCCAAUAAUCCACUACUGUCUCUGCAUUAGUGAUGCUUUUUAUCAUAUUGCCUUUUUGUUUACAUGUAAACAAACAAACAAAAAAUAAAACAAUAUUGUAGUUAUUUAAAAUUGGAUAAUUGCAUACAAAUGUCAAAGAUUAUGGUUUGUAAAUGUGAUGACAAAAAUAGCAAUUAAACUUUUAUUCUGAUUCA